CCCGCAAUCAGCUGUCAAAUCAACAUCUCGCAUGAAACAUGUGCAAUCUGACGUGGCUCUGCGCUCUGACUCCAAACCGGAGCAGAUAUCCAACUAAUUAAAAGCAAAGCCACUCUGCGAUUAGCAUCAUGUUAUUUUUAGAAAGAGAAAGACGGCGAUUGGAGUACAGAGGAAGUGAAAAGAGGGGCGGGCGCCCGGGUGUGAGAGAUAAACAGAGCGGGGAUGGACGCAGCGGCUCAGAGGAAGACCAGAGAGGCUGAGGACGAGCAAGUGGAGAGGAAGAUCUGACAGGCCGGAAGAAGAAGGAGGACGCUGCAGAUUCACAGGGAGGUGAUCAUCGCCAGAGGAGCAACAGGUGCCUCCUGGUUACGCCGUCAGCUUUUCCCUCCUGAACGUGCUCACCAUGAGGAGUGUGUGUGUGUGUCUCUGCCUGGCUCUGCUGCUGCCCUGCUGCGUUCAGGGCCAGGUGAGCCGCCCGGCCCUCGCCCGGCUCGACGAGGACACGCAAAGAGACGUCCUGGCCGUCGACUUCCUGAACCGCGACGGCGUGUUGAACUCACUGCUCCGUUCCGAGCAUCACCUGGUGCUGCGGCAGGCCAGAGCCCCGCGCCCCGCAUCCCGGGUGCCAAAGAGAGCCCAGCAGGGCUCCCGCUUCGCCCUGUCCCUGGAUGUCCCCACCAGCAUCCUCAGUGUCCUCAUAGACCUCGCCAAGAACCAGGACAUGAGGACCAAGGCAGCGGCCAAUGCGGAACUCAUGGCGAGGAUCGGCAAGAGGAAAUGAAAGCAGCCGGAGGGACGGAAACCCAGAGCCGGCCCGAGGCAUAAGCGAAGCAAGACGCAGCUCAGGCUUCGAAACCAC